AUGUCGCAAGCUACAGCCCAGCGUCGGCUCCUCGGGGAGUAUAAAGCACUCUCAACCAACCCGCCGGAGGGCAUUACCGCUGGUCCUGUCAACGAGGAUGAUAUGUUUGUGUGGGAGGCCCUGAUUCAGGGACCAGAGGGCACUCCUUUCGAAGGCGGCAUCUUCCCUGCCGAGCUGAAGUUCCCGCGGGAUUACCCCCUCGCACCCCCCAAGAUGACUUUUAUAGGAGAGAUAUUUCACCCCAAUGUAUACACCAAUGGCGUCGUAUGCAUUUCGAUCCUCCAUCCUCCAGGUGAUGACCCGAACCAGUAUGAGCACGCCUCCGAACGAUGGAGUCCUAUCCAAUCUGUCGAAAAAAUCUUAAUUUCCGUCAUGAGCAUGUUGGCUGAGCCCAAUGACGAGAGCCCAGCCAACAUAGAAGCAGCCAAGAUGUGGCGAGAAAACCGUGCUGAGUAUGAGCAGCGAGUGCGCGACGGUGUCCGUCGUAUGUUAGGGCUCUAG